ACCUUUACGCGUGGCGGCGUCAUGACGAUGACGUCAUCGCAUCGCGUCAGUUUCGCUAUCCUGUUGUUGUCAUCUUUAUUGUUUGCUGGAUGAAACAAAUGUCAGCAGGAUCUGCAGCAGUGAAUGAGGUGUAGUGUUGUAACUGAGCAGUCCUCCGUGUGGACCUGAGAUGGGCCAGCAGCUUUCUGGCCAGGCGGUGAGCAGACUGCCUGAGAAACUGAUCAAACAUGUCGGGCUGGUGCGAGACAGUGGCUACCUCACCUACGAUGAGUUCUUGGGUAGCAUGGCAGAGCUCAAUGAUGUAACUGCUAAACUAGCUUCCGGCCAGAAGAAACAUCUUCUGUUUGAAGUGCAGCCUGGAUCUGAUGCAACAGCUUUAUGGAAAGUUGCUGUGAGAAUAGUGUGCACCAAGAUUAACAAAGUGGAUGGAAUGGUGGAGGCCUCCCGCAUUAUGAACCUCUACCAGUUUCUCCAGCUCUACAAAGACAUCACCAGUCAGGCAUCUGAAGUCAUGAGUUUGGAGAUGGCAACAGGAGGAUCAUCUGGACAGCCAUCUUCAGAAGAUACCUGCCAGGCCAGCAUGUGGAUGGGCAGGGUGAAACAGUUGACAGAUGAAGAGGAAUGCUGUAUUUGUAUGGAUGGUAAAGCAGAUCUUAUUCUACCUUGUGCUCACAGCUUCUGCCAGAAGUGUAUCGACAAGUGGAGCGGUCAGAGCAGAAAUUGCCCCAUCUGUCGUAUUCAGGUGACUGCCGCCAAUGAAUCAUGGGUCAUGUCGGACGCUCCCACAGAGGAAGAUAUAGCUGGAUACAUUCUCAAUCUUGCAGAUGAAGCUGGUCACCCACACAGACCUUAAAAUUAAACUUUGUGCCACUGUCUCUCUCUGUCUCCCCAUUGCCUAUUACAUGACGUACUGUAAAUAGUAAAUGUAUUUAUUGCAGUAUAAUGUGAUUCACUGAAGAUAAUAACGAC